GGGCGUGGGGUAAACCAACUUGGACGGAUUUGUGCCGGGACAUUAGACAUUGAGCUUUGAGCAUUGAGCGGUGAGCACUUGGCUAACAAUUUGAACUGCUGCAGUUUACAUUCGCGAUGGCAGCGAGCCGGUUUCUGUUUUUCGGUUGGUGCAAAAACAAGUUCAUGUUGCGGAAAACUUAGAUGGAUUCCCGUUAGCCUCACUUUCACCGCACGCUUGGGCUGACUUUCCACUUGGCUGUUGCAGCCAGUCGUUGGCCGACAGUGCAGAGAAAAGGUAGCAACGCCAUCAUGCAGCUCACCUACCGGGAAUUGGAUGCAGAUAUAGUGCGUCGCACGAACGCUGUGUUUCCAGUGCAGGAUUGCUUCGUGGAGGUGCUGCCCGAUCAGCUAAUCAUACCACGCAAGUAUAUCGAAAUGGGCGAGUCUAUACGCGACUUACCCAUCUACAAGGAUGAUGUUUGGAUGGUGUCGUACCCUCGCACCGGCUCGACAUGGGCGCAGGAGAUGAUCUGGCUAUUGGGCCAUCAGCUGGAUUACGAGGCGGCCAAGCAAGAUUUGCGCAUGCGCGCACCCUUGAUCGAGCUAUCCGCUCUGUUCAGCACGGAUCAUCAUCAGUGGGUGUCCGAUGCCUUUGGCAACACAGUGGAGCUGGUUAAGAAUCUGCCCCGCCCACGUUAUGCGCGGUCGCAUCUCUCCUGGCAGCUGCUGCCCUCGCAGUUGGACACGGUGAAGCCAAAAAUUGUGUACACUGCUCGCAAUCCGAAGGAUCUGUGUGUUUCCUAUUAUCACUACUGCAAGCUGCUCCAUGGCAUCAAUGGAGAGUUUGAGCAGUUCGUGGACCUCUUUCUGGGCGGGCACACGCCCAUGGGCUCGUAUUGGAAGCAUGUGCUGCCCUUCUGGAAGCGCAGCUUCGAUGACAACGUCUUGUUUAUCAAGUACGAGGAUAUGGUGCGCGAUCUGCCCGCCGUGAUAAGACGAUGUGCUCAAUUCCUGAAUGUUACGGAGCUGCUCAAUGAAGAGAACAUGAAGAGCAUCUGCCAGCAUCUGAAGUUUGACAGCAUGCAAAGCAAUGGGGCUAUCAAUAUGGAGAAGUUGAUUCCGCAGCGAGAGACGAAGUUCAUACGCAAGGGCAAGGUCGGCGACUGGCGGAAUCACAUGACCGACGAAAUAUCAGAACGAUUUGAUUCUUGGUCCGAGCAACAUUUAAGGGGAAGCGGCUUGAAAUUUGAUUACGAUUAAGCCAAUAUCAAACAUACAUACAUAUACAUAUACAUAC